UGCCUGAGCGGGAGCGCGGGGGCGGGCGGGGGGGGCUCCGGGCGGGCAGCGCCAGCAGAUGAACACGUUUUGGAGCCGGUGACGUCUGCUCCGGCAUCGCCGAGGGAGGAAAACAGGCGGCAGAGCCUGAGUCCGGCCCCACGGAGCAGAGCAGGCUCCCAGCCGGCUCAGGCAUCGUGCCCACCAUGCCGCCCCCGGGCUGGCCGGCGGGGCCGCAGGGGGCCGGGGGGCUCCGCUGAGCCCCAGCCAUGGGGCCGUGGUGCUGGCCGCUGCUCUGGUGCUUUUUCACGGCACUGGUCCACGGCACCAUCCUCGUGGGGGGCCAGCGCUCACCGGAGAGAACCCCCCAGCCAGCAGGAUGGUCCCUGUCCCCGUCAUCCUCAUGGUCACCCACCCCGGAGCCGGGAGCGUCAGGGGACCCCGAGGGCUCGGCGGCGGCGCUGGCUUUCCUGCAGACGGGCGAUACACAACGACUGGCCCGGGUCAACUGCAGCCGGGGUGUCGCGGCGGGGGCAGCUGGCCCCAGCCCCCCCCCGGCGCUGCGUGCCGCCCUGCGUGCCGCCCCCGAGGCACUGGCCCACGCCGCCAACUUCCUCAACAUGCUCUUCCAGACCAACGACAUCCGCGAGGCCAGCGUGGCCGAGGACGUGGAGUGGUACCAGGCGCUGGUCCGCAGCCUGGCGGAGGGGCACCCGUGGGUGCGGCGGGCAGUGCUGGCCCUCGACGCCCACCCGCUGGCCGCCAAGCCCCGGCUGAUGCUGCAGGCCACCAAGGGGGACGGCGAGAUCCUGCUGCAGGACGUCUCCGCCGCCGCCCCCAGCCUCGGCAACCUCAGCUGGGACAACGACUGGUUCAACGCCCUCAAGUCCCAGCGGACCCCCCUCCUCCGCAAGCGCCUGCUCAGCAAUGACCUGCGCAGCAUGGAGACCCCCAAGUGGCAGCGGGGGGACAGCUACGUGGGGGAGCCGGGCCACGUGCGGUGGUCCCCACCAUUCCUGGAGUGCCGGGACGGCAGGUUCCUGCCCGCCUGGGCGGUCACGCUCUCCUCCGCCUUCUACGGGCUCAAGCCGGACCUCAGCCCCGAGUUCAAGGGCGUCGUGCGGGUGGACAUCGAGCUGCGGGAUGUGGCCAUCGACCAGUGCGCCAGCGGGCCGGGCUGGUUCGCGGACACGCACCGCUGCGACCUCAACAGCACCCAGUGUGUCCCCCAGGAGAGCCGCGGCUUUGUCCUCGGGAGGUACCUGUGCCGGUGUAAGCCGGGCUUUUACGGGGCCGGCGGAGUGGCCAGCGGUGCCCGGGCAGGCGCGGCGGGGAACGCGGCGGGGGCGGACGGCGGGUCCCGGCUGGGAUGCCAGCCCUGCCGCCGGGGAUGCGCCACCUGCGAGGACGACGCGCCCUGCCUCAUCCAGGAGGACCGGGCGCUGCGGGCGGCCGUCCUCUCCUGCCAGGCCUGCUGCAUGCUGGCCGUCUUCCUCAGCAUGCUGGUCUCCUACCACUUCCGACAGAGCAAGAGGAUCCGGGUGUCGGGAGUCGUCCUGCUGGAGACCAUCCUCUUCGGGUCCCUUCUCCUCUACUUCCCCGUCUUCAUCCUCUACUUCAAGCCGAGCAUCUUCCGCUGCAUCGUCCUGCGCUGGGUCCGCAUGCUGGGCUUCGCCAUCGUCUACGGCACCAUCACCCUCAAGCUGUACAGGGUGCUGAAGGUGUUCCUGUCCCGCACGGCCCAGCGGGCGCCGUACGUCUCGAGCGGGCAGGUGCUGAAGAUGCUGGGGCUGAUCCUGCUCCUGGUGCUGUGGUUCCUGGCGGCCUGGACCGUCGGGAUGCUGGAGAACGUCGAGAAGAACAUCCCGCUGGUGAUCCGCACCCAGACCGCCCGCGGGCUCCACUUCUACAUCUGCGGCCACGACCGCUGGGACUACAUGAUGGUGAUCGCCGAAAUGCUGUUCCUGCUGUGGGGCAGCUUCCUGUGCUACGCCACGCGCGCCGUGCCCUCCGCCUUCCAUGAGCCCCGCUACAUGGGCAUCGCGCUCCACAACGAGCUCAUGAUCUCGGCCGCCUUCCACGUCGUCAGGUUCAUCAUGGUCCCCUCACUGCACCCCGACUGGACCCUGCUGCUCUUCUUCGCUCACACCCAUGGCACCAUCACCAUGACCCUGGCGCUGCUCUUCAUCCCCAAGUUCCUGCACGCCGGCUCGCCGCUGCGGGAGGAGAUCGCGGCCGAGGUCUACGAGGACGAGCUGGACAUGCGGCGCUCGGGCUCCUGCCUGAACAGCAGCAUCGCGUCCGCCUGGAGCGAGCACAGUCUCGACCCCGAUGACAUUCGGGAGGAGCUGAAGAAGCUUUACCGGCAGCUGGAGGUGCACAAGACGCGGAGGAUGGCAGCCAACAACCCCCACCUCCCCAAGAAACGCAGCUCCCGCCGCAGCCUGGGCCGCUCCAUCGUGCGCCGUGUCACCGAGCUGCCCGAGGCGGUGACACGCCGCAGCAGCGGGGAGCGGGCGGGCACCCCGGCACGCCGCAGCUCCUCGGCCAAGCUGCUCCCCGACGCCGGCGGCGCCAGCCUGCGGAUGCGGGAUGAGGGUUCCCGGCGCCGCGCCGCAGCCCUGCGCAGGUCCUGCAGCACCGAGGGUCCCGCGCGGGAGCCCCCGGGAGGCUCGCCCGCCCCCGGGUCCCCCUCACCGGGGAGGAAGACGAUGGCCACCACGGCCUCGGAGCACUCCGACAGCGAGUCCCUCGACGCCGCCCCGCUCGUGUGCAAGUCGGCCAGUGCCCACAACCUGGGGGGCCACGGGCAGCCCCCCCCGCCCCGCACAGCCCCCUUGCUGAAGUCGCUCAGCGUGGUGGCCGGGUCUCGGGAGGAGGCCCUGCUCGCCGCCAGCCGAGCUGCGCGGGAGAAGUGUCACGCCAAGCGGCACCCCCCGGCCCCAUCCUCGGAGCCCCCCAAAGGAGCCGGGGAGCCCCAAAGCCCCGGUGCGGCUGAUGCCACCCCGCCAGCCGGCUCCAGCCCCGCCGAGGGGUGGCCCCAGGAGGACGUGUCCCCCCCAGGUGAUGGCAAGGUGCAGAAACGCGUCACCUACGCCCCCAUCAAGAGCGUCAGUGUCGACAGCUCCCACCCCCCGGGGCGGGUGCGGGUGGCAGUGAGGAGGACCCCACCGCCGCCCCCCAUCCGGUACCAGAGCCUGGUGCGGCGUGCCACCCCGGCCGGGGACAGCCCGGAGCCAGCGCAGCCUCCUGCGGACCCCCCAGCACGGGCAGCAGAGCCAGAGGGGACACAGGAGGGGACACAGGAGGGGACAGCCGAGGCAGAGCCGGGGCGCGUGUUCCCCCCGGCGGGGAAGGGCAGGCUGCUGACUGCUGCCUCCAUCCCGGCGCAGGUCUGUCCCUGGGAGCUGAUCCAGGACGAGAUCCUGAGCCAGAAGCAGAAAGCCACCGAAGCAGCAAAGUCAGGGACCCCUGGUGACGCAGCAGCCACCCCCGCCAGCCUCAAGCCGCCCCCCCCGAAGGCCUCCCUCCGGGGCCUGGGACUCGCCAUCAAAGCUUUCAACCGCUCCAAGGGGAAAAGCACCCUGAAGGGGAAGCGAGAGAGCGAGGGGAGCCUCAGGAAGAGGGGGGGCAGCAGGAGGGAGAGGCCCAGCCUGGCAGAGACGUCAGCCGUGUCCCUCGGGGCCAUCGGCCGAGACCCCGCCGCCAAAAGCCCUGAAUGGAGCAGGCAGAGACCGGGCAGCGAGCCCACCGCCCACCCAUGGCAGGGGGGGACAGUCCCCUGCCAGCACAACAACAACUCCAGCACCGCCUGGGGAGCCGCGGGCUGGGGGGACAGCAGGGAAGAGGCAGAAGGACGGUGGGACAGCCCAGCCCCGGGGACAGGCAACUCUGAGACACUGGGAGAGGAGCCCAGGGCUCCCCAGGGGGACGUGGACGCUGGUGGCGGGUCUGGGGUGCGUGAGAUCCCACCCAGUGUUGGCCACCAAGAAGGAGCUGAACAUCCCCAUGAAACCCCAGCGGUGGCCAGCAGCGGGACAGCACAGAUACGUCCCCAGCGAGGGGAGGAGGGUCCUGUGGCAGAGCCAGGGAAGGAUGCUCCUGCCGUGGAGCCGGGGCAGGAUGCUCCUGCGGCCAUCGUGAGGCUGAUGGCACCGACGGAAGGGGCGGCGGGGCUGGCUGAAGGACUCGAGGUGGGCAGCAGACCCAACCGACCCCAGGACCACGCGGAGGUGCAGCAGCCAAGUCCAAAACCCAUCGCAGGCAGCCCCCGCCCGUCCACCGCCGGCGUGCAGAGAGCGGCUGCCGAGAGGCCGGGGGCUGAGGUUUGUCCCCAGGGAGCCCCGCGUGUCCCAGCAGGAAAAGCAGCCUUAUUGCGCCAGGAGGCGGUCGCCCCCCAGGAGGACGGGGGGGUCCCUCCGGGCAGGGAGAGCCCAGCCAAGGCGCUGGGGAAGGGGGGCAGCCGGCCCGCGCCCUCGAGGAGCGGGGACACCCAGAGGGUCCCUGCAAAGAGCCAGAGCGCAGAGGUGGUCCCGGCUGCGGCGGGGAAAGCCAGGAGCACGGCGGCAGAGGUCUGUCCUGGGGAAACUCGGGCAGAUUCCAGGGUUAAGAUAGAAGUUUGUCCCUGGGAGGAGAGUGGGAGCGAGCGCUGGGGGCCAGGCAGAGCGCCGGGGAAGGGCGGCAGCGAGGGGGAUGGUGGCCACCCCGGCGAAGAGCCGGGCACGGAGAAACCACCAGCAAAAACCCCAGAGCUGCCCAAAGCGGCUUCGGAGAGAGCGGGCAGCGCGGAGGGCAGGACGGCCGAGGUUUGUCCGUGGGAGAGCGGGGAAGGGGGAAGGAGCGUCAGAGCAGAGAUCUGCCCCUGGGACGCGGAGGGGGCUGCGCCGGAGCGAGAGGGGGAGGAAGGGGAGAGGAGGCGGCUGGGCAAGUGGGUCAGGAGCAUCAGACCAAAAUCCCUGGGUUUGCUGAGAGCGCAGGAGAGCGGGAGCGGCCCGCAAGCGCCCGGCCGGCCCUGGGGCAGCACCGGCAGCGAGGGACCCCCACCAAAACCCGCUCCCAGAAGCUCCGAGCUGCCAGAAGUGGCCUCGAGGAGCCUGACGAGCCCACGGGCUUCAGUUUGUCCCUGGGAAGUGGCUGGAGCCGACAGCGGUGCGGACGUUUGCCCUUGGGAAAGGGGAACAGCCUUGUCCGAUGCAGGAAAAUUAGCCGAUGGUGACGUUUCCCAAGUGAAAAAUGGGAUUCCCCCACAGAGAGCAGCCCCGCGGGGCACUAGAGACACGGCCCCGGCUGCAGACACGGGGAGCGACCAGCGAGGAUCCCCCAGCCCCAGGGAAGGUGCAGAGCAGCCCGGCAUCGGGCUCCUAGCAAAACACCCAGCUCUGCCCAAAACGUCGCCCAAGCAAGCAGGAACCAGCAAUAGCAAAAAGGCCAACGUCUGUCCGUGGGAAGAGGAGGAUGAGCCGCUUCCUAAAACAGAAAUCUGCCCUUGGGAAGAGCCUGCAGCUCCAUCGGGAAAGGAGAGACCAAGGCAGGACACGCGUGGGACUUCCAAAGGGGAAAACAAACCAGGACUGGGAGAACUUGAAGACAUCAAAGCAAAGCUGGCAGAGGCGGGUGGCCGUCGACCUGAGCGCAGGGACAGCAGGAUCUUGGCAAAGUUCGUUAGGAAAAGCCUGGACCGUUCAAAAGCAGAGUUCAAGGAAUCCCAGAGCACGGAGAGCAUCAAGGAGGAGGUCUGUCCCUGGGAGAGCCUGGGCAUGGAGCAGCCACCAGAGAAGCCCCGCGCCAGGAGCCCGGCGCUGCCCAAAUCGCCCUCAAAGAAAUCCCAGAGUGUGGAGAGCCUGAAGGCGGAGGUCUGUCCCUGGGAGAGUCAGGAGCUGGAAUCCACCGAUAAAGCAGAAAUCUGCCCCUGGGAGGCGGCUGCUCCACCACCAAGUAAAGAGAAAUCAAGACAGGACAAAGAUGGUCCAUUCGCGGUGAGCAAAGGCCCUUUUAAAAGUCAAGUUGUCCACAAAGAGAUCGGAGAGAGCACAUCUGGAGAUAAGGAGAAAUCAAGGGGAGACCGUGAGUCCGUCUGCCCCUGGGAGAGCACAGACACGGAGGGCACCUCCACGGGGUACGGCAAAAAGAGUGCGGAACUGCUGAAAGGCACCACUAAGAAGUCGGAGAGCACGGAGAGAACGAAGGCUGAGGUCUGUCCCUGGGAGUGUCAGGAGCUGGAAUCCACCGAUAAAGCAGAAAUCUGCCCCUGGGAGGCGGCUGCUCCACCACCAGGUAAAGAGAAAUCAAGACAGGACAAAGAUGGUUGGUCCAUGGGGAGCAGGAGCCCUUCUACAGGUCAAGGCCUCCACAAAGAGAUUGGAGAGAGCACAUCUGGAGAUAAGGAGAAAUCAAGGGGAGACCGUGAGUCCGUCUGCCCCUGGGAGAGCACAGACAUGGAGGGCACCUCCACGGGGUACGGCAAAAAGAGCGCGGAACUGCUGAAAGGCACCACUAAGAAGUCGGAGAGCACGGAGAGAACGAAGGCUGAGGUCUGUCCCUGGGAGUGUCAGGAGCUGGAAUCCACCGAUAAAGCAGAAAUCUGUCCCUGGGAGGCGGCUGCUCCACCACCCGGUAAAGAGAAAUCAAAACAGGACAAAGACGGUCCAUUCGCGGUGAGCAAAGGCCCUUCUAAAAGUCAAGUUGCCCACAAAGAGAUUGGAGAGAGCACAUCUGGAGAUAAGGAGAAAUCAAGGGGAGACCGUGAGUCCGUCUGCCCCUGGGAGAGCACAGACACAGAGGGCACCUCCACGGGGUACAGAGCAAAGAGUCCAGAGCCACUGAAAGGCACCACGAAGAAAUCAGAGAACACGGGGAGAACGAAGGCUGAGGUCUGUCCUUGGGAGAGCCUGGGCACGGAGCAGCCACCAGAGAAGCCCCGCGCCAGGAGCCCAGCGCUGCCCAAAUCACCUUCAAAGAAAUCCCAGAGCGUGGAGAGCCUGAAGGCGGAGGUCUGUCCUUGGGAGAGUCAGGAGCUGGAAUCCACCGAUAAAGCAGAAAUCUGCCCCUGGGAGGGUCUGGGCACGGAGGAGCCCACCCUGAAAACCGCAAUGGGGAAAGAGCCAUCCAAGAAAUCCGAGAGCACAGAGAGCAGGAAAUCUGAUAUUUGCCCCUGGGAAGCGGCAGAGCCCGAUGGCUCGGAGAAGGAAACCUUCAAACCAGGCGCGCACCCACGGGGAGCUGACAGAGCAUCCCCCCCAGUGACGGGAACGUCACAGCCAGCGGCAGGAGCCAGCGCCGUGUCUCCAACAGCCCUGCUGAAACAAUUCAAGGGCAGAUCCAUCGGCACGGCUGAGCACAAGCCCCUGUGCCGCAUCCAGCCUGGCAUCCAGCCCCCCCGCGCACCCAGGGCAGAGCGGGGAGCGAGCUUGGCUCCCGCAGGCGGCAGCAGCCCCAGCCUGGGCAGUAGCAUAGCCGAGGUUUGUCCCUGGGAAGCAGAAGAGGCUCCAUCUGCAUCCGGCGAGACCAGCACCGACACGAGGAAGACCUCCGAGGUGUGUCUGUGGGAGGUGGAGAGCAUGGACCUCCCCCCCGACCCUCCGCAGGCAGGGCAGAGCCGGGGCGAGCCCCCAGGACAGAGACCGGGCUGCAAACCCGAGUGAAACCAAACC